AUGUCUUCUUCAAAUGCGGCGCAGUACGCGGCAUCUGUCGUGAGCCUAGAGCAGUUAAGGCCGUACGGCUUCUUUCUCGCUACUCUACUUCUCUGCUCGUACCUGUUGUAUCAGUGGGCCUUGCCGAAGCCAAUACCAGGGAUACCAUAUAAUGUCGAUUCAUCGCGGAAGAUUCUGGGCGACAUCCCCGCCCUGCUCGGCGAGAUUAGCGGCACGGACAAGACAUUUAUGAAUUAUGUCCGCAAGCAGGUUGAUCAGCACAACUCGCCCAUCAUCCAGCUCUUCUUACGCCCGUUCGGGAAACCGAUGGUGAUCUUGAGCGACUUCCGGGAGUCACAGGACAUCCUGAUGCGCCGCAAGGAAUUUGAUCGCUCAAAUUUCAUGGAAGAGCUCUUCCAGGGCGUUGCGCCCGAGCACCACAUCAUGAUGCCGACCAACGACGUCUGGAAGGCGCACCGCAGGCUGUUACAAGAUCUCAUGUCGCCACCUUUCCUGAACCACGUCGCAGGACCUGUCCUCCACGCGAACGUGCUCGAGUUGAUCAAGCUGUGGCGCAUGAAGGCCGACAUUGCGGGCAACAGGCCGUUUUCUGCCACGGACGACAUCUACGAUGCUGCCCUCGACGGUGUCUUCGGCUUUGCCUUCGGCGAGGACUUCGAAUACAGCGCCACGAGCCCCAACGUGAAACUGCUCGAAGGACUGUCUCCGAAAGAUAUCGCACGUCUCAGGCAGAGCGGCGGCGGCGGCGACGAUGAACCCCUUGAAUUUAUGACCGCGCCCAGGGACGAUGCCGUAUCGUCGACAUUUGACCUGGCCCACGCGUUGGAGGAGAUCAACGGGAAACCACUGGGGAAACUCCGUUGGAACUGGAUUGUCGGGAGAAAACCUCGGACCAAGCGUGCCUUGAAGCGGCGAGACGACUACAUCUACGGCGAGCUGAAAAAGGCAGUGCAGCGGAUGGAGGACCGGGACACGUCUGUUCGAUCGGCCGUCGACCACAUGAUGCAAAGAGAAACGAAGCUGGCGGAAAAGGACGGGCGGGCGCCUGAAUACCUUUCGCCAGCCAUGGCUGACGAGACAUUUGGCUUCGUCAUCGCGGGACACGAGACCACCAGCACGACAGUCCUCUGGGCACUCAAGAUCCUGGCCGACAACCCGCAACCCCAGACAAAACUGCGCCGACUGCUGCAGGCUGCCCACUCGGGCGCGUGGAACGAGGAGCGCAACCCGACGAUCGACGAGAUUACGGGUGCCGGCAUCCCAUAUCUGGACGCGGUCAUGGAGGAGAUCCUCCGCUGCGGCGGCACGGUUCCAGCCGUCGACCGGGAGGCGCUGUGCGAUACCGAGGUCCUGGGCUACCAUAUCCCCAAGGGCACGCAGGUCAUCAUGUCGGGCAUGGGUCCCAGCAUGUUGGCACCCGGCUUCGACGUCGAGGAGGGCAAGCGCAGCGAGACCUGCCAGACGGCCAAAGCUGACGGGCGUUUCAAGGCUUGGCGUGCGGAGGACAUUGGGAAGUUCAACCCGGAGCGAUGGCUUGUGCCGCUUUCUGGUGUCGAGGAGGAGGAGCAGCAGUUCAACUCGGAAGCCGGCCCGCAGUUGGCUUUUGGGCUGGGGACGAGGGGCUGUUAUGGCAAGAAGCUUGCGUAUCUGGAGCUGCGGAUCCUCGUGACCAUGAUCGUGUGGAACUUCGAGUUGCUGCGGUGUCCUGAAGACCUUUCCAGCUAUGCUGCAAUUGCAGGCAUCACCAGCAAGCCUCGGAAGUGUUUUGUUAGGCUUCGUAAGGUUCUGUAG